UCCUACGAUGUACCCUGGAAUUACGUUCCAUGCCCCAAGGUAUAUUUCCAAUUGACUUGAUCCCUUUCGCAGCCACCGAUUCCCCACUUCUUUCCUCAUCCCUCUCAGCGGAGUAACCUGCGACGGCGGGCACCUGCACCGGCGAAAGGCGAUUCAUGAAAUUGGAGCACAAUGGCAAACUAUUCGGGAAAAGGAGCCCCGACGAAUGGGUCUGUUUAUGUUUGUAACUUGCCGGUUGGGACAGAUGAGAAUAUGUUGGCUGAGCACUUCGGUACUAUUGGCUUGCUAAAGAAAGACAAAAGAACUGGGCGUCCCAAGAUAUGGUUAUACCGUGAUAAAGUGACAAAUGAGCCCAAAGGAGAUGCCACAGUCACGUAUGAGGACCCACAUGCUGCAUUGGCUGCUGUUGAAUGGUUCAACAACAACGAUUUUCAUGGAUCCAAAAUUGGAGUCUUCAUGGCGGAGACAAAGAGCAAAGAUGAAGCAGGGAAUAAUGUAGUUAGUGAUCUGAACGGGCUGGAGGAAGGAGCUAGUGAUGUGGAUGGUGGGGGUGGAAGAGGAAGAGGUCGAGGUGAUGCUGGGGGGAAACCAUGGCAACAAGAGGGAGAUUGGUUGUGUACGAAUACAAGUUGUGGCAAUGUAAACUUUGCGUUUCGAGGUGUCUGCAACCGUUGUGGAACUGCACGUCCGGCUGGAGCCUCUGGCGGUGGUGGUGCUGGUGGUGGCCGAGGAAGGGGCCGAGGUGGGGGUGGCCAUGAUUUAGGAGGCCCUACUCGUGCCGUUGGUGCUGGUGCUACUGGAGGAGGGCUGUUUGGUCCUAAUGAUUGGCCUUGUCCAAUGUGUGGAAAUAUUAACUGGGCAAAGCGCACAAAAUGCAACAUCUGCAAUACCAAUAAACCUGGACUUAGUGAGGGAGGAGUGAGAGGAGGGCGUGGUGGAGGCUACAAAGAACUUGACGAAGAAGAAAUAGAAGAGACAAGACGGCGCCGCCGAGAGGCUGAAGAAGAUGAUGGUGAAAUGUAUGAUGAGUUUGGAAACCUUAAGAAAAAAUUCCGUGCGAAAACACAACAAGCUGAAAAGGCUCUGGGUGUUCCUGGUGUUGGACGUGCAGGAUGGGAGGUUGAGGAACUAGGUGCAGGUGAAAGGGAUAGAAAAGACAGAAGUAAGGACAGGGGAAGAGAGCGUGAUGAUAGGGAGAGGGAGAGGCACCGAAGUAGAGAACAUGAUAGGCAAAGAGAUAGAGAUCGAGGUUACGAGUAUGAUCGAGACAGGGACAGAGAUUAUGGACGGGAACGAGAACGAGAACGAGAACGUGAUAGGGAGCGCAGCAGGUACCGUAGUUGAGGAUUCAAGCACCGGGAAUAUUUAUCUUCUUCUCAGGUUUUGUGGAUGAAGAUGUGCUCUAUAUUAUUAGGCACAAUGAUUUUCAAUAUGAAGUUAAAAUGAUUCUCUUGCAUGAUGUUUUGGCCUUUUAAAAUGUUGGCAUAUUCACAAUUGAGGAAAACAAAGUUUGUAUUUUGUCGUGCAAGGUUACUGAACUUCUUGAGUGCAGAAUCGUGGAAGAAUGAUUGGAUUUGAGCCACCUGUUUAAUACAGGUGUUCCUCAUUCCUCUCAUCUCUCUCCCUGGAGUAAUUCUCAUAA